CACUGCUUCUUCCAUCUGAGAAAAGGGUUUUCUGGUUUGGCCACCGAACAAGAGAUGGCAGACAUAGAAAACCAAAAUAAUGAGAUUCAAUCACAACAACAAGAAAACCAAGAAGAACCCGCAGCCAUUUUCUUUAGUAAAGCAGAUCCACCUUUUGAGGAUGUUGUGUACAAAAUCGAAGCCACUCGCAAAAAAGGGUUAUGUGGAAAAACUGAACAAUCCGAAGAAAAAGUGAUCUUGAAUGGAGUCACGGGGAUGGUGUGUCCCGGUGAGAUAGUGGCUAUGUUGGGUCCGUCCGGUAGCGGUAAAACGACUCUCUUAACAGCCCUAGGAGGCAGAUUGGGCAGUAGUUUGAAUGGCAGAUUGGGCAGUACUUUGAAUGGCAGCUGCUGUAGUUUAACAGGUUCCAUAACCUAUAAUGGCAAACGCUUCUCCAACCCUAUGAAGCGAAAGACCGGCUUCGUCACCCAAGAUGAUGUGCUCUAUCCUCACCUGACCGUGGAAGAAACCCUGGUCUUCACUGCCCUCCUUCGACUUCCAAAUACCCUUAAAAAAAAGGAGAAAGUAUUGCAUGCUGAGGCUGUGAUUACUAAGCUCGGACUGACUAAGUGCAAGAACAGCAUAAUUGGAGAUACAUCCCUUAGGGGGAUUUCUGGUGGAGAAAGGAAAAGGGUGAGUAUAGGGCAGGAGAUGCUUAUAAACCCUAGCUUGUUGUUUUUGGAUGAGCCUACAUCAGGGCUAGACUCCACCACGGCUCAAAGGAUUGUGUCCACGUUGUGGGAGCUGGCCAAAGGUGGGAGGACGGUGGUGAUGACAAUCCACCAACCGUCCAGUAGGCUGUUCUACAUGUUUCAUAAGGUAUUGCUCCUGUCAGAAGGUAAUCCUUUGUAUUUUGGGAAGGGAUCGUCGGUCAUGGAUUAUUUCCAUAGCAUCGGAUAUUCUCCUUCCGUUACAAUGAAUCCCUCAGAUUUCUUACUUGAUCUUGCUAAUGGUGUUUCAUCACAUGAAGAGAGAGAAGAGGAAAGUGUGGUGAAGCAAACACUAAUAUCUGCCUAUAAGACCAAUCUUGCUGAGAAAUCAAUUCUAGAAAUUGAGAGUCUUGCACUUCCUCAUGAUCAAGUAGAAAUUGAACAAUUUGCACGUUGGUCCACCACCUGGUGGCAACAAUUUACUGUCUUACUAAGGAGAGGAGUUAAGGAGAGACGAUAUGCGUCUUUCUCUAGACUCAAGAUUGCUCAAGUCCUUGUAAUAUCUUUCCUUGUGGGAUUACUAUGGUGGCAAUCUAAUAUUGCUCACUUACAAGAUCAGAUUGGAUUGUUGUUCUAUUACUCAGGAUUUUGGAGUUUCUCCCCUAUGUUUAAUGCCAUUUUCACCUUCCCUCAAGAAAGGAUGAUGCUAGAAAAAGAACGUUCUUCCGGCAUGUAUAGGCUUUCAUCCUACUUUUUGGCAAGAACCUUCCAUGAUCUCCCCAUGGAGCUUGCGCUUCCGACUAUUUUUGUCACCAUAACCUACUGGAUGGCAGGUUUCAAGCAUGCCGCUUUGCAUUUCCUACAUACACUUUCUGUCCUCCUUUAUAAUGUCUUGGUCUCCCAAGGCUUAGGACUUGCUAUUGGGGCAAUGGUAAUGGACCAAAAAUCAGCAACCAUGCUUGGAUCUGUAAUUAUGCUUUCCUUCGAACUGGCAGGAGGAUACUAUGUGCAACAUGUCCCUCCCUUCAUAGCAUGGAUAAAGUAUGGGUCCAUCACCUAUAACAGUUACAAAUUGCUAAUCGGGUCUCAAUUCAAGACAAAUGAAACCUAUCCUUGUGGCGAUUUUGGGAAGGUUUGCUCAGUUGGAGAGUUUCCAUCGAUCAAGUUAGUGGGGUUAGAAGGACAAGCUCUUGCUGCCAUAGCUUUGGGUAUCAUGCUUGUGGGGUAUAGACUCAUAGCUUAUAUUGCCCUCAUGAGGAUUGGUGUGAACUCCCCAUGUUUAAGAUCAAGAAGCAAUGUGGUACCUUGAAGUUUUGCAGACAUACAAACUGUUCUACAAGAACCUUGUCCAAGACUUUGUAUGAAAUCAUACAAACGGUUAAAUGAAUGACUGCAAGUUGUUCUAGGAAGCUCUAUAUAUUAAUGUUUUCCUGAUGUUCAUACAUUCCUAAUUUAUUAAUCUUACAAAAAAACCCAAGAGUGUCUCUUUUGAUGAAUAUGCCUCCUGAUUCGAGACAAAUUAAUUUGACUGAGCUGC